AUGGGGUACGACAGGACGCAUGAGUUCGUAGAAGCGGCUGAAAGGCUAGGGCUGUCAGGUGGGAGCGAGAGGGCAGAACAGAGGAGGCACUUUUCCGAUACAGAUCAGCAGUUCAAUGCCCUCGCGGCAGAAAUGGGCAACGCGUUGCACAGCACUUCCCUCAAAUUGCAAGAACUCGGCAAACUGGCCAGACAAUGCGGUAUUUAUAAUGACAAGACUGCGCAGAUUCAGGAGUUGACCUUCGAGAUUCGGAAGACGAUAAACGUACUGAAUCACAAGACAGAUUUACUUGCGAAGCUGGGGGCGAAUGUAGGGGGUGGCAGCGGCCAUUCUCGUCAGCAUUACGUCACUGUCACUGAGGUUCUGAAGACUCGGCUGUUGGAUGUGACAAAGGAAUUCAAAGACAUCCUGACUCUAAGAACAGAGAAUCUCAAGCGUCAAGACCGAAGAAGGAACUUGUAUUCCUUUGGGGGCGAAUCGGGCACUGCCGACGCGGACGAUGGCAUCUUCGAUGUCGAAGGAGGCCAACGCGUUGCCCUCGUCUCGCGACAGGGGCACUCCUACGCGCAAUCGAGAGCCGAAGCAGUAGAAAACGUGCAGCGGGUAAUCGGCGAGUUGGCCAGCAUUUUCCAACGCGUUGCAACCAUGAUAACGCAUCAGGAGGAAAUGAUUCAACGUAUCGAUCAGGAUCUAGACUCUUCAAUGACGCACAUAAGGGAAGGCCAAAGCGAGCUCCUGAAUUUCUACAACCGCAUUUCGUCCAAUAGAACCCUCAUCGUAAAGGUCUUUUUAAUGCUCAUGGCGUUCAUUUUGUUUUUCGUCUUCUUCCUGAGCUAA